GAAUAACGCAGUUAGGUUACGCAGCCGGGCGAACGUGCGUUUCGCUCACACAGCGCUUCAACACGUCCCAUCACCGAUCGCGGCCUUACUUCUGCUUUCUUCGCCACCUCGGUGAUCUACCGCUGCGUAACCUUCUCACGGAUUUCGUCAUGGAUACAGUUCCGAAAUAUCGGUGUUACCCACAGGUUUAGAUAUACCUUCUAGCGGCGUUUUUGGAGAGCGAAAGCGUCUCAAGCAUUGCAUGUUCCUUCGAGACAUGUGGCGGAGAGCGGAGUCCCGCUGGUUGCCGGGCCUGCGUGCCGGCAUGGCGGCGCCCGCCUACAGGUCCCGCACUCUGAGCAAGGAUGAUGUGAAUUACAGGGUGCAUUUCCGCAUGAUCAACGAACAGCAGGUAGAAGAUAUCACCAUAGAUUUCUUCUACAAGCCGCAUACCAUAACUCUGCUAACCGGCACCGUGCUCAGUUUGAUGUACUUCGCGUUUACGCGAGAUGACAGUAACCAGGACGGCAAUCUCCGGGUGGGUCUCAUAGUGGUCAUCUCCUUUUUCUCUGUAAUCAGCGUCCUUGCCUUUCCUAAUGGUCCCUUCACGAGACCCCACCCGGCAAUAUGGCGAAUAGUGUUUGGUCUGAGUGUCCUCUACUUCCUGUUCCUGGUCUUCAUCAUCUUCCUGAACUGGGAACAGGUGAAGGCCCUCAUGUACUGGUUAGACCCCAACCUUCGCUACGCCAAGCGGGAGGCUGACAUCAUGGAGUAUGCAGUGAAUUGUCAUGUGAUCACCUGGGAGCGGAUCCUCAGUCAUUUUGAUAUCUUUGCUUUCAGCCAUUUCUGGGGCUGGGGCAUGAAAGCCCUGCUCAUCCGUAGCUACGGCCUCUGCUGGACCAUCAGUAUCACCUGGGAGCUUACUGAGCUCUUCUUCAUGCAUCUGUUACCCAACUUUGCCGAGUGCUGGUGGGACCAGGUGAUUCUGGACAUCCUGCUGUGUAACGGGGGAGGCAUCUGGCUCGGCAUGACAGUCUGCCACUUCCUGGAGAUGCGCACAUACCACUGGGCCAGCAUCAAGGACAUCCAUACCACCACAGGGAAGAUUAAGCGUGCUGUCCUGCAGUUCACACCAGCCAGCUGGACCUAUGUACGCUGGUUCGACCCCAAGUCCUCCUUCCAGAGAGUGGCUGGCGUCUACCUGUUCAUGAUCAUUUGGCAGCUGACAGAGCUGAACACCUUCUUCCUGAAGCACAUCUUCGUGUUCCCAGCAUACCACGCUCUCAGCUGGUGCCGCAUUCUCUUCAUCGGCAUCAUCACCGCCCCCACCGUCAGGCAGUACUACGCAUAUCUAACAGACACACAAUGCAAACGUGUGGGGACACAGUGUUGGGUGUUUGGGGCCAUUGCCUUUCUGGAGGCGUUAGCUUGCAUUAAGUUUGGGCAGGACCUGUUCUCCAAGACUCAGAUUCUCUAUGUGAUUCUGUGGCUCCUGUGUGUGGCCUUCACCACAUUCCUGUGCCUGUACGGAAUGGUGUGGUAUGCUGAGACGUAUGCUCACAGACACAAGUCUCUUUCAGAAUGUGAGGACAGCAUGUACACUGAGACUGGUGACAAUGAUUAUGUGAAAGAUAACGAGGAAUUUGAAACAGACUCCACAUCUCCUGCCCCUAGACGGAGGGGGAGAAGCUCCGGAAAAAGCAAAAACCUCAACGGGGUGGAAAAGUAACGAGAGCGAGUUUCUACGAACGCUCUCGCGGCAGAGGGUGGGAGGAGGAGGAGGAGGAGGAGAGAAGCCAACCCCUUUCCAAACAACAGAGUUAAUACAAGGAUGGUGUCUCCUCGGAGAGCGACAUCGUCCGAGGUGGCCCAGGAACGUUUGAGGGUGCACUCGCGGUCUGGCUGAGGCCCUGAACACGGUGGAAUGAAAGCGUUGUUCAGAGCGCAUGUUCCUGCCUGGCGCAGAACCUGAGCAGAUGCACUCCUCUCGCCCGUCACAGUAUUUGUGGUGAUGUUUUCUGUGAUUACAAGAAUGACUGACCGUGUUUUAACAUUACUGCACAGCUCACGUGUUCGCACUGUCUGCUUUAUCAAAUUUUCCCUUCAUGAAACGUGCAUGUACAAAUUUAUUUUCCAUUGGCACCGCUAAAAAAAUACUUAACCAAAACAAUGUGAUUUGAUUGCUAACCAUGAAUAAAAACUAUUGUUGGCUGGUUAGCAUAAUCCUCUACUAAAUGAUAACUAAACUUUUAUUAAUUUUUAGAAGCACCAAUAUGACAUAAUUUUUGUUAAUUUGCUCCUUUGAGUGUUGGUCAGGGAAAUACUAUUCGUCUGUCUGUUUAGCUCAGUAAUCCUGGUUGUCUGCACAGCUUCUAGCAGCUAGCCUGAGGAACAUGCAUGCGCUCAUUUUAAAAGCUGCUUUGGCAGGGAUGCAGGGUAAAUAUGGGUUGUCUGGAAACACACAUGAUUCAAGUGCUAUGUUGGAUCAGGACAGCCAGUUUGUGUGUGAGACGCUGAGGUCUGAACGUGGUUCUGCCGCCAACUAGCUGCUAUUGUUUUUUGCUUCAAGCCCUACCAAGGCAGUCACAUUUGCAUAUCAAAGGGCUUCGGCUCUCACUGCCUACCCCUGAAGCCAGUAUUCAGAUCUUUAUUAUGAACGAAGAUGAAGCCUUUUUAAACACCCAAAUGGUUGUGCCUGCAUGAGUGUAUGUUGUAAUAUUUAAUGCUUAGUAACUUUCCAUUGCAUUACUGUAUUUUAAAUUUUUUUUCUCUCAUUUUCUUGAAGCAUUGUCCUAUAUGUGGUUUUGUAGUGGUGUAGAGAUAAGGGUCAUUUUUUUGUGGGUUCUUUUUCAUGUCUGGCACAAAAGUAACCGCUCUCUUUAGUACUGUUGCGCAUGCAUUUGCCAAAAUGUUAAGAGCGUUCCUGAGUGGUUGGUUUGGGUUACUUGCUGUGAAAUAUAUCAGAGCCUUUCUGUCUCCCCCUCUAACACAGUAAACUUGUGUGAGGAUGGUUCAACCUCUACGUAUGUUUGCAUCCAUCCAGUCUGCAGUGUUUUGUUUAGGAGGGGGAGUAUAUUUAUUUCAGAGUUCCACCUGUACUGCAAAAGUAUUUGAGAGAAAAACGCACUUUUUGACUUUUAUGAUUUUUGAGCCAGUCAAUACAAUCCUAGUUGAUGAGGCCAUGUUAAUUUAAAGAAUGGUGAGGUUUAGUAUAUCAGUGUUAGUUUGCCCACGAACACUUUACUAGUCAGCAUAUUGGAUUGGAUUAGAAAGCAAUAUCUACACAUUCUACAUAUGAUUCUUUACAUUUCAAAGUUUUCAAAAAAAAAAAUAUAUGUAUGUAAUGCUUAUAAAUUUUCAAAUUAAAUUCCUUCUGUCUGCAGCA